AUGAAGGACCCCACGAGUGGCUGCAGGUACAAUUCGCUGUACCAGGAUCUGAAGAAAUUUUCAAAGAAUGGAGAGCAUUUCUGCAAGGAGCUCCUGGCAGUCUUCCAGCAAAGGUCUGAGCUGGAGAGCAGUUAUGCAAAGGGACUGCAGAAGCUGGCUGGAAAACUCAUCAAGGCGUCGAGCAGUAUGACCAGCAAUUCUACCUACAACGCUUGGGCCCAUGUGUCGGAUGAAAUGUAUUCCACAGCAGACAUACACAGAACACUGGGGAACGCCUUACAGCAGGAGGCUAUUCUGGAACUCCGGCAGGUUCUGGAUGAGCACACCAAACGGAAGAGGCCUCUAGACAGCGCUGUUGAGAAGACCGGGAAGCUUGUCGUCACAAACUGGAAUGAGCAGCUGAAGAUCAAGAAGAAAUUAAUGGGAUUGACAAGAGAACAUGAGGCCCUUUUCAGCUUUGUGGAGAACAACAAACAUAUAUCCACAGAGAAAGAAAAGCAGAAGAUGCUCAACAGGUUGACCAAGUCAGCAGAGGCACAGACCAGGGCAGAUGAAGAGUACUUUAACAUCAACACGGCCGGCCAUCAGUUCAGACUGAAAUGGGAAACCACACUUAAGAACUGCUACCAGAUCAUUCAAGAGCUGGAGAAAGAGCGCAUUGAAAUACUGUGUAACAUCCUCAACAAGUACAACCUGCACAUGGCCAGCUUUGGGCAGACCCUUGCACACUGUCAGAAGCAAAUAGACCAGUCAAUCCGGAAAGUGGACGUGGAGAGGGACAUUCAGGUCCUCGUUGAAGAGACCAGCAUCACGGCAGAAGACAAGGCUGAAUUCCUGCUGGCCGAUUACUUUGAGGAAGACAGUAAGACUGUGAUGGGGAGAGAGAGACGGAAGGAGGCCAUCAAGGCCAAACUCCAGCGACUGCAGGACAAUAUCGCCAAGACAAAGAAAGAUCAAGAUGGUUUGGAGAGGAUGGUGAAAACCUACACUGAUAACCCAUCGUUCUCAAACAAGAAGAAUCUGGAGGAGACAGAGCAGCUGCUUGAUGAGACCACCCUGAAGCUGGACCUACUGGAGGCAAACCUCUUUAAGCUCUCAGUUGUCCUGGCCGAGUUGGAGGGGAAACCAAAGCCCUCACACAGGUUCAGUGACAGCAUUACAAAAUGGAAAGAUAAGGAUUAUGAGCACAGCAUUGUGCGGCUGGCCCGUCCAGUCAGGAUUAAGAGGACACCGUUCAGGUCGAGACAGUCUCUCAGGUCCACGGUCACGCACUCAGCUCCUGCACUGAGCAUGGCAACACAGCCCCCCGCGUCUGACCCCGACACGACCCAGGGCACCGAAACGCAGCGUGAGGACGGGCUCAACGGAUACACCGAAUUCGAUGAUGAAGACGAUAACUGUGCCGAUGCAGAGCUCCCAAGCAUUGGCAAAUGCAAAGCACUUUAUGACUUCACAUCAGACAGAGACGACGAGCUGAACCUAAAGGAAGGUGACCUUCUGGACAUUUUUGAAAAGGAUGAGAGCGGUUGGUGGUAUGGAACAUUAAACGGCCAGAAAGGACACUUCCCAUCCACCUAUGUCGAGGAGCUGCCCACGCUGAGUGUCGCCAUGUCAUCUGAUGUAUGACACGCCAUUGGAUACUGCAAUGUAACUAAUAUAAAAAAAAUUUCUUUACUUUCUUUUCUACUUUAGACCAAGAUUUCAAAUUUUCAGUAAUCUUUCAGCAUCAAUAAUACAAAUAAGAACUGUAAAUUGCCUCAUUUUG